UCUCAACUCGCCUCGAGAUUGCAUGACGUAACGAAGUCGUCGUCUGGCGCGGUGUUUCUUAGUGGCCAUUUUGUUCCCAACCGCAUAAGGUCCGUCCUUCAGUUCGGCCCUCCCGAUCAGCGUGAUGGACUCAAAGCGGUACGAACGCAGCGCCAGAUCGAAUACCGAAUCGCCACCUGCUCCGCCCUCGCCUCCCAUGUAUAGCACAGGUUACACCACGACACACGACAGCCACAAGAGCAGAGUCGGCAUGCGGCGUUCGCCCUCGCCUACGCCCUUGGACCACCAUCGAAGCAGUAGAUCCUCGCGGAACGACUCGCCGCCGCCGCCGCCGCCGGAGCGUCGCAAGCGCCGUCGCAGCGGCUCCAGGUCGUCCCCGGUGCGCUCGCACAGACGAUCCAGAUCCAACGACAGAGACCGGGAUCGCGACAGAGAGAGAUCACGCAAGUACUCCAGAAGAGAUAGAUCGCGAUCGAGGUCGCGCGGCAGGUCUCGCUCGAGGGACAAGAGACGAAGUCGCAGUCGUAAUCGCAGCAGAGACCGGCACAGGUACCGUGAGAGCCGCAGGCACCACGCCAGGGCAACCUCCUAUGAGUCCGACGCCUUGGAGGACGCCCACGGAGAGGGGGCGGGGAUGGUGAUGCGUCAGGCGGCUGUCGUUGCCCCGCAACCGAAUGCCUUCAAGAACGACGGUAGCUUUAUGGAGAUGUUCAAGAAGAUGCAGGAGCAGAUGCAACCCACCGCGCAAAAACCCACCACUUCGGUGCUGGAGGAAAAGCCGGUGGUGCCGCCGCCACUGAUGGUGGGCAAGAGGAGAGGUGGCAGGAUCCUAAAGACUGGUAUGGUGGCGAAACCAAAGACAGAACAGACGGUGGAACAGCCGAAGGACGCGUGGUCCCUUUACAUGGCGGAGGUGAAGAAAUACCGGGAGGUUUGCUGCCAGGAGGAGGAUAAUACGCGACCGUUAGUCAAAUAGGCUCUUCGACACAAUUCGCGUCGUCCCGUCUUUACGUACUUUGGCUCAUUACUUUUCUUCUAAGAUAUCUGUAGUUUGAUCGUUAAUCUUUAAAAAAAAAAAAAUCUUGGAACAAAAUACCUCUCCUCCAGACGCACCUUUCGUUCAUUUUGUUCUCGCCGCGAGCUUUUAUGUUUAUUCAAGCUCAACGCCAUGCGAUCUCUUUGUUAACGAACUGAACGAAAGAGAACGGAGAAGGGAGGAAGUGCCGUGAGAAACGGACUCAUUUGUGAUAUAGUGUCGUGCGUGCUUUGAGAGACGAAUGGACGAGAGCGAGAGAGAGAAAUGUAGAAUUUACUGGUAGAUAAAGGGGGUAAAAAAAGAGGGAGAGAGAGAGAGAGAGAAGGUGAAACGCAACGCAAAUCCGUGCAGAAAUUUAGAGAUUAAGUAAUUUAUGGCUU